AUGGGCCCGCCCAUGCUGAACGGCCCCGUUGGCGACCGCAACAACGCGAAUCAAGACCAGCAUUCGAACGGAGACUCGGAGGGCAAGAUGGCGAACGGCAAUGGCAAUCCUGCGCCUGUGGGAGCUGCAGCGGCUGCGCAGCAACCCAAGGUCGUACAGACUGCCUUCAUCCACAAGCUAUACAACAUGCUCGAAGACCAGAGCAUCCAGCACCUGAUUUCAUGGUCAAGCACAAACGAAAGUUUUGUCAUGUCUCCUUCAAGCGACUUCUCCAAAGUUCUGUCAUCGUACUUCAAGCACACUAAUAUUUCCUCAUUCGUCCGCCAAUUGAACAUGUAUGGGUUUCAUAAAGUGAGCGAUGUCUUCCACACUGGCUCGCCCGACUCGCCGCUGUGGGAGUUCAAGCACGGCAACGGCAAUUUCAAACGAGGCGAUCUUGUAGGCCUGCGGGAGAUCAAGCGCCGUGCCUCGAGGCACGCGCUCAUCCACCGCGAUUCCUUCUCCACGCCUAAAGUCCCAUCUGGUCCGCCGGCUGGCCCACCGACCGAGUCCAUGCCUGAUCCGAUUGAAUCACGACUCGCAGCGUUGGAGCAUGGCUUGUACGACAUGCACGCGCGUAUGCAACGCUCAGAGGACAGUUGCGCCUACCUCAGCCAGAAGAACACUAUUCUCAUGGACAACAUGAUCAAGUGCCAACAGUGGAAUCACGAUCUAACAAAUUAUAUCAUGGCCUUAAUACCAGACCCGGAGAACCAAGUAUACAAGGACGCCUAUUCGAUGCAACGAGAGAUUUCCCGCCAGUCCGAAAUGUUGCGCGUGUUGGAGGUUCCCGAGGAGCCUCUCUCUGCCCGACAACCGUUUUUCAUCCACCUAGAUAAUAACCAAGCCCCUCUUUCCCCACGACAAAUGCCGCAGGAUAAUGGGCCCGAAUCGCGACGAGGCUCUUUGGCAGGUUUACCUUCUCGCCAAGCUCCACCAUUCAAACCUCCGGUCCCGGCACAUCUUGCGAUUUCUCCGCGCCGUUACGGCUCAAUUGCCACCCCCACCGCCUCCACCGUCCAUCCAGCAUCCUGGCAAUACACUGGGGAGUAA